ACUCAGCACACUACACACAAACUAAACGAAACAAAAACAAACACAAACACAAACACAGAAGUAUUUUCUAAAAGACAAAGAAGAUGGCACCUGAGAUCAAUACCAAACUCACCGUACCGGUCCACUCAGCAACCGGCGGAGAAAAGAGGGCGUACGUGACUUUCCUUGCUGGAACUGGAGACUACGUGAAAGGGGUGGUGGGUCUUGCUAAGGGGCUAAGGAAAGCUAAGAGCAAGUACCCACUCGUGGUGGCGGUUUUGCCGGAUGUACCGGAGGAUCACCGGAAACAGUUGGUGGAUCAAGGCUGUGUUGUUAAGGAGAUAGAGCCGGUUUAUCCACCGGAGAAUCAAACCGAGUUUGCUAUGGCUUACUAUGUCAUUAACUACUCUAAGCUUCGUAUCUGGGAGUUCGUGGAGUACAACAAGAUGAUAUACUUGGACGGUGACAUACAAGUGUUCGACAACAUAGAUCACUUGUUUGAUCUUCCAAACGGCCAAUUCUAUGCAGUUAUGGACUGUUUUUGCGAGAAGACAUGGAGUCACUCGCCACAGUACAAGAUCGGUUAUUGCCAACAGUGUCCGGACAAGGUGACAUGGCCAGAGGCCAAGCUUGGUCCUAAGCCGCCUUUGUACUUCAACGCCGGUAUGUUCGUUUACGAGCCUAACCUCUCCACUUAUCAUAACCUCUUGGAGACGGUCAAAAUUGUGCCUCCCACUCUUUUUGCUGAACAGGAUUUUUUGAAUAUGUACUUCAAGGACAUAUACAAGCCAAUACCACCAGUGUAUAACUUGGUCUUGGCAAUGCUUUGGAGGCAUCCAGAGAAUAUAGAGCUUGACCAAGUCAAAGUUGUUCACUACUGUGCUGCUGGUGCUAAACCUUGGAGAUUCACUGGAGAAGAAGAGAACAUGGACAGAGAAGACAUUAAGAUGCUGGUCAAGAAAUGGUGGGACAUUUACAAUGACGAGUCUCUUGAUUACAAGAAUGUUGUCAUUGGGGACAGCCACAAGAAGCAACAGACACUUCAGCAGUUUAUCGAAGCUUUGUCUGAAGCCGGUGCGCUUCAGUAUGUCAAAGCUCCAUCUGCAGCUUAGCCACAAUAUAAUCAUCGAGCUCGUUGCUGCAUACGCCUCUUCAUGACUAUAAUAUUGCUUAUUGCUUUAGUUUGAAACUUGUUUAUAGGACCAUAUAGUUAUACAUAUACUAUAUGAGAUUGUGUUACUAUUUUAAUUUUUAUGGGUUUUGGAGGAUUUUUUAAAUUUCCACAUCCGUUUUUACUUAUCAUAUACUAGCUUGUUGAUUAGGAACAAUGCUCCCGACAAUAUUGUAAAGUAUACUUGUUUAAGUUGUUAUCCAUGAGAAUACAAACGUAUAUAGUUCAGUUAUAUUUAUAUUCUUCAUAAGUAUCUUCUCCAACUUUCGAAGACAUGGUUUUUAU